AUGCAGAGAUCCCAACGGCCAAAUAGUUUGAAUCAAGAGAUGGGGAAAAGGGUAGUGCGAAAAGAGGGCCAACAAACCCUAAUUUCAGAUGAUGAUAGUGGUGAAGAAGGAGCAGCAAAAGGGCCUCCAUUCUUCUCCUGUUACCUGCUUACCUCAAUCUCUCCCCGAUUCAAAGGCCACACUUACAUCGGGUUUACUGUGAAUCCACGGAGGAGAAUAAGGCAGCACAACGGCGAAAUCGUAAGCGGCGCAUGGCGGACCAAGAAGAAGCGACCUUGGGAAAUGGUGCUCUGCAUCUAUGGCUUCCCAACUAAUGUUGCAGCCCUUCAGUUCGAAUGGGCCUGGCAACACCCAUCAGAAUCUCUUGCAGUCAGGGAAGCAGCGGCUAGCUUCAAAUCCCUUACUGGACUCGCCAACAAGAUUAAAUUGGCAUAUACAAUGCUUACUCUUCCUCCCUGGCAGAGUUUGAACCUCACGGUGAAUCUAUUCUCAACAAAAUAUCAAAUUCACACCUCGGGCUGCCCGGCCUUGCCCGAUCAGAUGCGGGCCCGAGUCGGUUCCAUGGAUGAGCUUCCCUGUUACAACUUAAUAUUUGGUGAAUGGGAUGAUGACCAUCAUGACUGUGAGGAAAAUGUACCCCAAGAAACAAAUCAUAAUAGAGAGCAUGGUGGUGGAGAAAAUCGAGGGCCAGCCUUUAUUUGUGAAACUGGUGUGAAACCGCUGGCUGCCUCGCCAAGGAAAAGAGGGUCAGCAGCUGGCCAGGAUGAUAAAGAAGAAUGGGCAUCGAACGGUCAAGUGGAUAUAAUAGAUGUUUUUACACCUUCUCCGUGCCGCGAGGUCGACUCAGGUAGCAAGAAGAGAAGGCGGCGUAUGAAUGUUGGUUCCGAGAUAAUUGACCUGACCACCUCUCCUUUGUUUGUGGGAUAA